AUGACCAACGGUACUGACACCGCAAACCAAGAUCCCCAUUCCGCCGGUGGAGAUUCUCCGCCGGCGCCGGCGCCGGCCGAUCCUGAUGGCGGCGGCGAGAAACCUACAGUUGCCGAUGCUGACGUUGCGGAGAUGAAGGCCGCCGAUCCCGAGAAUCCUCCUGUUAACCCCACCACGAUGGAAGCCGUGGCUGGCAACGAGAACCCCACCACCGUUGAUGCCGCCAUGCAUAUGGUGGAGACAGCCAUGGAGGAAGACCAAGACCAAGACCAUGACGUGGUGGAGAUGAGCGAAGCCAACAUAUGGCCCGACGAAGACGGCGGUGAGGACGACGGCCUCCUCGACUCCUCCAUCUUCUACCCGGAAUUCCCGCCCUUGCCGGACUUCCCCUGCAUGUCCUCCUCCUCCUCUUCCUCCCCUUCCGCCCCCUCCUCCGCCGGCUCCUCCUCCCCAGUCGUCUCCUGGCCAAUGAUCAGACCCCAUCCCGAGGGCCUCCGCACCGCCCUCUCCUCCACCGCCUCCAUGGACAUGCCGAUGCCCCCUCCCCCUCCCCCCAACAAUCAAGACAACAACCAGCUCGGCAUNCUUCGUCAGCUUCAUCCACAGCAACGCCGAGCUGGCACUCAUCUUCUUCGAAAUCGCGACUACAUCUCCGCCGACGACAUGAGGAGCAUCAAGCUGAGGAGGUCCACCAUCGAGAGCGCCACCAAGCGCCUCGGCACCAACAACCAAGGCAAAAAGCAGCUCUUAAAGCUCAUUCUCCAGUGGGUCGAGCAGUACCGUCUCCACAAAACACGGGCCCCCGUCCAAAACCCCCCCAACCCUAACCUCAAUUACACCGGCUACCCACACCCGAUACCCGGUUACAAUAACCCCAUCCAUCUCGUUCCCCAGGUCGUGAAUGGGUACCCGACUGACUAUCCGUGGGCCAUGCCGCCGCCACCUGUGAUGCCUAUACACCCGCACUACCCGGAAAAUGUCAACAGUAGUAACCAUCAGCCAGUGGUGUAUGGGAGCAAUCCGUACAGUCGACUGUACGAUUCAUCAAGUGCCAUCAAGUUGGGCUCUUUGGCUACCAAGGAGGCCAGGAAGAAGAGGAUGGCUCGUCAGAGGAGGAUGUAUGCGAAUCACCACCACCGCCAUGCGGGUGGUGGUGGGUCGAGCCAGCACCAUAGCCAUUCAGCUGAUAGUACUCAUGGUGAGGGUGAUGAGGGUGAGUAUUGGAUGACAGGUGGCGGCUCGUCGGAUCAUGUUGAUGGGGGACAGGCUGGCAAGUUGACUGGUCUUGACAGGCGGCAACAACAGGGUUUGAAGGUGGAGAAGAACUUGAAGUUUUUGCUGCAGAAAGUGUUGAAGCAAAGUGAUGUUGGUAAUCUGGGAAGGAUAGUGCUGCCAAAAAAAGAGGCCGAGAGCCAUCUUCCUGAACUGGAGACGAGGGACGGUAUCACGAUUGCGAUGGAAGACAUCGGAACUUCGCGAGUUUGGAACAUGCGUUACAGGUUUUGGCCUAAUAACAAAAGCAGAAUGUACCUUCUUGAGAACACAGGGGAUUUUGUGAGGCUCAAUGGACUUCAGGAAGGAGAUUUUAUCGUGAUCUACUCGGACACAAAAUGCGGCAAAUACAUGAUUCGAGGUGUUAAAGUGCGAGAGCCCGGCACAAAACCAGAGCGAAAAAAGCCAGUAAAUAAGAACAUACGCAAUUUCUCACUUGCCGGUCGUAAGAAUCCCCCACUUGCACCUCUCAAGCUAGCCAUAAAGUGAAAAAAUACAAACCGAAGAAAACGUGGGCCCUCAAUGGUGAAUCGGAUGACAUUUAUAUGGGCGGCUUUUGCUCGUUUUUCGUG